AUGCUAAGAUUACAGAGAGUCCCCUCCCUCGCUUCGGCCCUACUCUUCGUCGGGCUCGUGAUCGCUUCUGAAUUGCACGCUCGAGACGCCACCUUUGAUUGGCCAAAUUUAACCUCGUCCAGCAGUCUCUCUUGGGUUCCCUGCUUCAGCAGCUUUCAAUGCGCUAGAUUGACAGUCCCUCUCCAGUACUCAAACCCUGGAGCGGGAGAGGCACAAAUUGCCUUACUCAUGUCCCCAUCCAGCUUUCCAAAGAACGAUUCCAGGUACCUUGGAUCCAUCUUGUUUAACCCCGGUGGACCUGGUGACUCUGGUGUCAACACUGUGAUGACACUUGCAUCUACGAUUCGACCUGUCAUCGGGCCUCAGUAUGAUUUCAUUGGCUUUGAUCCUCGUGGUGAGCUAUGCCAGUUGCCUCAUGGAAGAACGUCUUACAAGUGCUAUUCUUGUAGCCCGCCUGAGGCCCUCGAGUUCUACGCGCCAUACCCGCAAAAUGUUAACGAGUCGGUUUCGUCAUUCGGACGCGCAUAUGCACAGUCGCAGAUUCUCGGAAAAUUGGCCAUGGACCGUGCCCAGCUGGUUGCCGAGUCUGUCUCCACCCCCGCUGUAGCGUUGGACAUGUUCAGCAUCAUGAAAGCCCUCGGGCAGGACAAACUGAACUAUUACGGAAUCUCGUAUGGAACGGUUCUAGGUGCUACAUUCGCUGCCAUGUUCCCUAAUAAUGUCGGUCGCUUCGUGUUGGAUGGAGUCGUCGACCCCGACGGAUGGUAUCAAGGCAACAUGACCAACUUACUUCUCGACACGGACAAAGUCUUGACCACCAUCUACCACGCCUGUGUUUCUGCAGGGCCUUCUCUUUGCGCCAUCUACGAGAACACCACUGAUCUGGUACAUGCGCGCGUCAGCCGGCUUCUUGACGACGUCCACCUGGCCCCCGUGCUGGUGUACAACGACACCGAUCCAUCGAACAUCACUUUCUCAGUCGUGGACUAUACAGUCGUGGAGUCGCAUAUACUCGCUACACUCAAGAAUCCAUACUCUAUGGCGACUGCCCUUGCGGAGGCGAUCGUUCAACUCGAGAACGGUGACGGCAGUCUCAUCCUGGGUGCGGCUGGCGUGACCAACGUGGCCCAGUUUGCAACCUGCGACUUCGAUCCGUCGCAACCAUACGUCGCCGGGUUCCUUGACAUCCGUGCUCCAAUUGAGUGCGGCGACAGUCUGGUCGAUACGAGGCGGACGCUGCAGGCGGCGCAGGACGACUAUCAGGGCAUGCUGCAACUCUCACAGUUUGCAACCACCAUUUAUCCGCUAAUGCAGGGGAUAUGCACGCACGUAUAA